AAUCACAAGCAUUAGACUAUAACAAUAAAACUAUCAUUUUAUGAUAUAUCCCGUCAACCAAAACCCAAGCCUGAAACGUCAUCGAAAUAUCAUUGAAGAUAUCAUUGAUGAUUGAACGUACACAGAAAACAGUUUACUGAGACCAAACUCCCUUGACUUGCGCUAGGGGAAACAGACCGGUUACCAUGGUAACCACCCUUCAAUCAUUUCUGUUCAAUUCAUCAUCGCCAUUCGUGUGCAAGUGUUCGAUCGUAUCGCUUCAUCGGUACCGGCUAGCGGCGUAUUUGCUGAAAAAAUCCAUCUAAAUCUCCAUCGUUCGGGUGAUUUCAUUGCUUGUCCCUUUCAACGCGGUAGAGAAAAUGUCGGAGAACCGUCUGGAUGACGCACCCCCUUCACCAUAUUUGGUGGAGAGAUUUUACGAUGAUGAGAUUGAUUUCGAGAUUCUUGAGGGUCUCGAUCUCUUUCCGCUUUCGCCUCUGUUGGGGGCGGUACGUAACGCUGAUGCCUCUGAUGAAACCCGUGUUGAAGAUGUGGAUGACACCCCCCCUUCGCCUCCUGCAGUGGAGCAACGUUGUGAUGAUGCCUCUGAUGAGGUCUAUGUUGAAUGUGUCGAAGACGCUCCUUCUCCGCCUCUCAGAAUCGAAGUUCAAACUGAUGCCUCUGAUGAGACUAACGAUGAAGGUGUCGAUGACACUUCCCCUUCGCCUCCUGAAGUGGAGCAACGUUGUGAUGAUGCCUCUGAUGACGUCCAUUUUGAAGGUUUUGAUGACGCUCCCCCUUCGCCUCCCAUAGCGGAAGGAGUUUGCCCUGAUGCCUCUGAUGAGGCCAACGAUGAAGCUGCAAAGGACGCUCCAUCUACACUGCCGACAGUGAAGCAAUGUUGUGAUGAUGCCUCUGAUGAGGCCCGUGGUGAAGGUGUCGAUGACGCUCCUUUUUCGACUCCCAUAGCGGAGGAGCGUUCCACGCCUGAGCAAUCUUCCGGGGCCAUGAAGCUGCGACCCCGCAAAUUCAUUUAUUACUACUACAGUUCGUAUCGCGUCAAAGCCAAAAAGCCGAAGCGUGUAGGAAAGGAGGAAUAGGCAACAAAAUAAAAAAAAAUCUUCCAUUAAUCAAUGCGCUAAUUUAAUGCUGCUAGAAACAAUUACCAAACUGUACAACUGAGUUUUGAUUUUUGAUGACACUUUAUUGUUUUUCUAAAAUUUCUACUUGGCU